AUGGUCGGCUCCAUGACCUCAGCAGAAGCCGUCAUCGAUGUGAGAGAUGCGAUGAACGCAGGAUUCGAUGGGUUCGCCCUCAACACCCAUACAAUCAGCGCAACAGACACGUGGAACAUCAAUGCACUCAAUGAUCUGUUUGCAGCUGCCGCAGGAACCAACUUCAAGUUAUUUAUCUCCUUUGACAUGAGCUGGGGCUUGGAUGUCACAAAACUUGCAGCCUUCUUGGCACCCUAUGCGAGCCAGGGCGCAUACUACAAGGUCAACGGUCAAGCGUUCGUUAGCACCUUCACUGGUGGCACAAUCUCCAACGCGCAAUGGGAUUCCGGAUUUAUUCAGCCUAUGACAUCGACUUAUGGGAUCAAGCCAUUCUUUGUUCCCAACUUUGAUGACUUCUCCGGUUAUCCCAACGGUGUCUUCAGCUCCUAUCCUAUUCUCAACGGUGCCUUCAGCUGGGAGUCUGCAUGGCCGGCUCCCGGUCAUACUCCUACCAACGUCAGCAGUCAGGUUGAUUCAGCUGCUUUGCAGCAGGCCCGUGCGGCUGGAAAGGUCUACAUGAUACCAAUGUCGCCAUUACAAUUCAAGUACAUGGGCAGCGGCCAGAACUGGUACCGCAUUGGCGAGGUCAAUCUGCCUCAGCGCAUGGCCCAAGCCCUACAACUCCAACCCGACUUCGUGGAGGUAAUCACCUGGAAUGACGCCGGCGAAAGUCACUACGUCGGUGACUUCUGGCAAGAGCAAAUUGCAGGCAGCAAUAUCGGAGACUAUGCCAACGGAUAUGACCACAAGGGCUGGCUACAGGUUAUUACGCCGUUUAUCAAAGCAUACAAGGCUGGCGCGACGAGUAUCUCUCAGAUGGUUCCACCAAGCACGAAGCCUGUUGGGGCAUUUUGGUACCGCCCUCUUUUGACGACUGCCAGCUGCUCUUCUUCGAUUUCUAAUUAUCAAUCGGCUCGUGAUGCCGUCAACUUUGCUGUUAUCUUGCCUUCUAAUGGGUAUACCAUCAGGGUUUACAGCAACAGCAAGUUGAUUGGCAGUUUCCUUGGCCAGAAGGGGUUGAACUACAAUAGUAUCUUGGGACUUGCUGCUGGCAGUGGGCAGAUGAUUCAGGUUGUUGAUGGUUCUAAUAACAUUGUUGCGUCGGCGACUGGAACAAAGAGUGUUCUUGCACAGAGCCCCAAUGCUACCUGCAACUGGAACUAUGAGGUUGUGGGGCUCUCUUGA